GGGAGCCGUACCAAAUUUCAGACCCGCAAAUACUACUACUAUAACUAUUAUUUUAUGUCCGCCUUGAUUUAUACUACUUUCAAAACUAGUUCCGCUACUGCAUGAAUUAAAUAAUUUUUAGCAUACUUACUGCUAUAAUGCACAAGAAGAGAAAAAUUUCUGUUUGUUGACAGUGCUGGCAAAGUUAAGAACCUAUAGUAUAGUAUGCUAUUUUGGGGAACAUUAAGUCAUGGAUUUUUCAGUAUCAUCUGAUAUUGUGUUAGAGUUUUUGGAAGUUGCAAUCAACCUUGUUCUUUAUUCGAGGGAAAUCUAUCCACAAUCAGUGUUUCAGAGAAGAAAGAAGUACAAUUGCCCUGUACAGAUGUGCAUUCAUCCUGGUUUGCAAACCUAUAUAAGUGACUGUGUUGGCUCCUUACGACCCAUAUUGGAAAAAGGGGAAAUUGACAAGGUUGUUGUCGCACUGCUGUCAUCCAGUGGGGUUCCUGUUGAAAAAUUUAUUUUUGAAAUUAAGCAAAUGUCCACUAAACCACAAGCUAUCAAGACUGACCCACAGUUACAACACAUGGAGGAGGCACUAAGGUCGUUUUGCCUAAAGCUGAGUACGAGCGACUGUUUUCUAAGGCCCCUUCCAGCUGGUUGUUCCUUUGUUGUUCAGAUUCAUGUACCAGACCAUGUACGAAGUUCUCUGGCUUCUGAAGAUCAGCAUCAGGAAUUCCCGUGGGUAGAAGCUGAGAAGAAACAAGUCGAAGUGGAAGAACCUCACAUCGUUCCUCUGAAGACUUUGAAAACAGAAGUGUGUGAAAUGCAGCUGUAUGUCCAGGAAAGCACAUCUCAAAAGAGUGCUUCGAAAUAAUGUUUUUUUUUUUUUUUUCAUUUUUACAUUAAUUUAGUACAUCUCAUUAUCUCAUGAAUGCAGGAUUAUGACCAUAAAACUUGAUUAGGGCCAAUAAACAUAGCCUUUUCUCUCACAAUUUCCAUUACCUCAUCACUGCUGUACAAAUAUUUUGUCAUUUUUUUAUAGUUAUUUUAUCAUUUUUUAAAAUAAUUUCUUUAGGUGCUGUUCACCAUCUUUACUAUACAUAUUUCAAAUGCAAACCUUCAAGGAAGGGAGUGUCUUUUCACAUACAGUUAAGAGAUGUCACAUCUUCAUUUUGGUAAGUAGUGACAUGACCACAUAAAGAGUAAGUCAAUAUCAAUUAUUUUCCCUGAAGAGAUCUGAUGUCUUGCAACUGUAUGUUGAAAUAAACUUCCUCAUGUUUGAUAUCAAGCUUCUGACAUCAGAUUCUAAGUGUUUCUAGAGAAUGCCAUGAUAUCAGUAUUAGGCUGCUAUGAAACCCAAUCAAUUCUGUUCCAAAAAUACCAUUUACAAAAGUAGCACUCAUUCUUUUGGCUACUCCUAACUGAAUGUCAUAUUCGUAUGUUUAAAAACUUACUUAUUAUGUAGACUACUGUCAUAAAAGAAUUCAGGAUUAAGCAUUGUCUAAUAUUAUGUAGAUUGUCAUCUAAGAAUUUAGGGCGGGCAAAGCUCAAUCCCUACUUUAACAUUAAAAAAAAAUGCAAAGAAUUUUGUAUUACAUGCAAUAUGAUGUUCUGGAAAAUUAUGUACUUAAGUUGAAUUAUUUUACUUUUUAUAAAUAGUGUACUGUGUUUUUUAUAUUAUCAUCUUAGCAAUCAUUAACACAAGAAUAUGAGGUUUUUAUCUAUUAAAGCAUAAAGCAUGGUAAUUAGUGUACGUAUUCGUUUAGAGGUCUGGGUUAAGCGUAAACUAAUAUUAUCUUCAACUAUACUCAAAAGUGCUGUUUUUGUCUGUGUUAGAUAGACAUAUCAGCAUUUAUUUUUUCAUAUUGCCAUGUUUACUUCUCUCACUUUGUCAUGAGGUUUGUUUCAUUCACCCAUUGUACAUAAAAGUAUUGUACGUUACUUUUUUACAAGGUCUGUAUCAUUACAAAUCUAUUGAUCAUCUGACUGGUGCUUAUGAGGCUGUCUCCAACAUCUUUGGAGUUCUCUGAUGUUGUGUACCUGUGUUGGAACCAGUGAGUGUAUGUAAUUGUGUUCACAUAGUUAGUUCAUGUAAUAUAGAAAAAUGCUUCUGCCUUAUAUGAAUACAAACCGUAUUGAUCAUAUCAUCCCAUUUUUUGGCAAUGUGUCAAAUAUGCGUUUUUUCAGUUAUCUCAUAAACAGUCAUUUUGUCGCCGACCUCCUGUUCCAGCUAAGUACAGUACGUAUAAGUGUGCCUCUUGGUGAGAGAGAGAGACAGACUGAUACUUUGCUGAAACAAGAAGUCAUUGAUAAAUUCACUGUUGAUGCAGAUAACUAAAAAAGGGACGAUAUAUCACAGUGUGUUUUGUGAAGUGCUGUUAUACUAACAAUACAGUUUAUAUUUGAAAUUAGAUUUUAACAUUGGGUAUGUAAAACUGUAAAUAAAAUUCAGUAUAUAUAGAA